AUUUCAUUCCUCUCUUUCAUUCCAGAGAUUCCACUGAAAAGCUGUCACCUUUCCAAAAUACCAAGCCUGCUUCCCAACUACCACCACCAGCACCGGCAAACCAACAACAACAAGCGCCUUUAACUAUCAGCCAGCACUGCUAAAAAGCCUGGGAGAGAGAGCCCUCCUCAUCCUCACCUGACCUUCCUCUCACACAGGAGGAGGGGGCAGAGACAAUCCCUCUUAGUGCUGCCCAAAAGAGAAAAAAAAUCCAAGUCUUUACUCAACAAAGUGCUGAGCAGAGUUGCUUUUUCUCUAUCCAACCCCCCUCCCUAUUUGGUAGCUCCCAGAUUUCCCCCCCAACAAUAACCAAGUGGCAACAAAGUAACAAUUUGUGAGGCCAGGAGAAAGAAAGAGCCCGGGAUAAAGCUUCCGAUCGCCUUUUGGAUAAAAACCGCUUCAACUUGGACACUUCUGCGAUCAGACUAGGAAGCCCCCUUGUUUCUUUGUGACCUGUUUCUCAUUAUCCAAGGAGCUCCAUUCUCAGGUUUUCUGAGUUGUCCUUUUUGGGUUGAGGCUUGGAGGAGCCUCUCCUUACCCUCCUGCACACAAAACCAGCUAUGGACCCAAACGGGUGGAGUGAAGCCGGGAGCCCGGCGGAGAGCACAGGCGACUUGGGAGAUUCCAUGGAAAAGAGUUUGGACAAUGAUGCAGAAGGCGUGUGGAGUCCUGAUAUAGAGCAGAGCUUUCAGGAAGCCUUGGCCAUUUACCCACCGUGUGGAAGGCGCAAAAUUAUCUUGUCAGAUGAAGGCAAAAUGUAUGGCCGGAAUGAGUUGAUAGCCAGAUACAUAAAACUUCGAACAGGAAAGACACGUACUAGAAAACAGGUGUCCAGCCACAUACAAGUCCUAGCACGGAGGAAAUCCCGCGAGAUCCAGUCCAAGCUGAAGGCUAUGAACAUGGAUCAGGUAGCUAAGGAUAAAGCUCUUCAGAGUAUGGCCGCAAUGUCCUCAGCACAGCUUAUAUCCGCCACAGCCAUCCAGAACAAGCUGGGGGUGUCCAGCAUCUCUCAGGCACCGUUCCCUCCCACUCCAGGGACCCCAGACUUUUUCCAGUUCUGGCCAGGUGGUGGCCAGCCCCGACCAACACAGGACGUUAAGCCGUUUUCCCAGCCUCCAUACCCCCUGCAGUCUGCUGCCCCCCCUCCUGCUGUACCAGGUUAUAAUGCAAGUCCUGCUAGUCUUUCCCCCGUACCUUCUGGGCCUGCAUGGCAGGGUCGCUCCAUCGGCACUCCGAAACUGCGUUUGGUGGAAUUCUUAGCCUUUAUGGAACAGCAAGGAGAACCAGAUGCAUACAACAAACACCUCUAUGUCCAUAUCAGCCAGUCGAACCCUUCCUACAGCGAUGCCUUGCUGGAGUCUGUGGAUGUUCGUCAAAUUUAUGACAAGUUCCCUGAGAAGAAAGGAGGGUUAAAAGAGCUGUAUGAGAAAGGGCCUCCAAAUGCUUUCUUCUUGGUCAAAUUCUGGGCUGAUCUGAACACCAGCAUCCAGGAUGAGCCAGGUGUAUUUUAUGGUGUCAGCAGUCAGUACGAAAGUCCAGAAAACAUGACCAUCACUUGUUCUUCCAAAGUCUGCUCGUUUGGAAAACAAGUGGUGGAGAAAGUGGAGACUGAAUAUGCUCGGUUUGAAAAUGGACGCUUUCUUUACCGAAUUCACCGUUCACCCAUGUGUGAAUAUCUCAUCAACUUUAUCCAUAAGCUGAAGCAGCUACCGGAAAAAUACAUGAUGAACAGUGUAUUAGAAAACUUCACUAUUCUACAGGUGGUUACAAAUCGGGACACCCAGGAAUUGCUUCUGUGCAUAGCUUACGUCUUUGAAGUAUCAACCAGUGAGCAUGGAGCUCAGCAUCACAUCUAUCGGCUGGUGAAAGACUGAGAUGAAAUGCCGAGCUCCCUUCCCCUCAUCUAAGCCAUGUUGGACUGGCAGAAAUAAUGAUGUGCCAAGGUGGAGGCAUCUUGCAUUUUCCUUGAGCCUCUGAACUGUCACUAGUCAGGAGACUAAAACAAGCAACAGGGGAUGGGACCCUUAAAUAAAUGCAUGGACUGGGGGAAGGGCCACAAAAACCACAAAGACCUCACCCUUACAGAACCUACUCUGUGUUAUGUUUUGAGCCAAAAGGAAUAUAUAUAAAUAUCUCUCUAUAAAUAUAUAUAUAAAUAUAUGUUUGUGUGUGUGAAACAGUUUCCAAAACGUGAAAACCAUGGAAAAGCCCAGAUUUUGUUUUUUUUCAACUUUCCUUUCACAUUUUGUUGCUGCCAAGUGCGUCUGUUCAUGGUACGGAACCAGUUUAGGGAGCGGAACAAUAGGCGGGAUAGGAGAAUAUCCUCCUCCACACGCUUCCUGCUCUGAUCAUUUAGCUCCUCGGACUCCAAUGAAAUGUAACGUCUGCACUUUCCGUGGUACAAAAUGUUCUAGCUAAAUUCACUAUGAAAUCAGCCCACUAAAUCUCUGUAUAUGAUAAACGUCAGCUUGCACAGUAUUUUACUCUGGUUCACUUUGCACUGGUUGUGUUUGGUGGGCAGUUCUUAAAGAUAUCUUCUUUAACAUAUCAGGGAGUAUCAGGAAAGCAAAUUCUACUGUGUGUUGAGUUAAAUGCGCCUUUGGUCUGAAAUAUCACUAGAAUUUGAAAUCUUCAUUAUGGACUUGAGAAGUGUUUUGGAGGCCAGAGGGUAGUAUAUAUAAUGUGAUUUUAUUUGUGGGUAGUUGAACAGUUGUCUUUCUUGCCAAGAAGCCUUGUCCUAACUGCAUGGACAAACGUUGAGGCAUUAUGAUCAGGUCCCCUUAAUAUCUUUUCUGGUUGAAAAGAUAGACCAAGGAGAGAUGUGUGUUUUUUUUCUUUUUGUUUUUCCUUUAUUGUUUUUGUAUGAUAUAUAUAUAUAUAUAUAUAUAAGCCAGAGGCUCAACCUCCUACUGUUGUCAGUGUGGCACUUCUAACAUGUUUCUCUAAUGGGAAGCAAAGAAGAAACAAGGAACUUGACACUAAGCAAGGCCAUUGCUGAUGAAUCUCUGGCCUUCUGGACUAUAACAAAGUAGGAUUUAAAAGCAAAGUAUUUAGUGACUUUCACCCUCUUCUGUCACAUAUUCAGUGCCUAAAAAUUAACGGGGAAAAAAAGACAUAUAUUUUUUUGUAUUGAAAAGCCAAUGUGCUAAUGAGUGGAUUUGACAUUGUACUAUGAAAUAAUAAUUAAAAAUUGUACUUACCCGCCAGCCUUUAAUGUGCAUGUGUUGCCAAUUUGGAAAUCUAGCUCUCUUGGACUUGCACAAAGUCUCAAAUGGAUUAGUGCAGCCAAGAUCGCAGUGGCCAAUACUUUAUUUUUAUUUUCACUGGGAGAGGAAAGAAGGAGGAAAAUACUAAGUGGUUAGUAUUGUGUAAAUUUGGCUGUUAAAUGUUUUAUAUGCCAUAACAUGGGUCUGUACAGCAAUAUUUCAGCAUGGCCGCUCUGGCUUGAAGAUAUAUUGCUGCUUGUUCAGAGACUUUUGACUUCAUUGUUUCUUUUAAAAACCUAUAGGUCACCAUCAUAUGAAACUCCAGAUUAUCAUCAGUUGGUUGUAGUAUUUACAAUACGGUGUCCAAACCAAAGAAAUACAAGCUGUUUUACGCAUCUCUUUCAAGCACCUUUGCAGUUUUGUUUUGUAUUCAAUUAUCCCGACAGAUUGACUGGUUUAUUCUUAAAAUAAUGUAUAAAAUGUAUUUUUAAAGUGGUUCUGAAACUGGGUGCCAACCUCUUCAGGGGGCUCGGAGCUGUGACAGAGGAAGCUCAGCCUAAAGGCCAAUUAGGGUAAGAAUUGGGGAGAAUGAUUAUUGGCUUUACUAGGUUGAAGGUCAGGUGGGGUUACUAUGUAUUUGCUGCCCUAGCUUUUCUUGGAACCAUGAUUGAAUGGCUAAUACACCAAUAUUUUCCUAUAUCUGAAUCCAUUUCAUGAGCUAAGGGUGGCUCUGACUCAAGGUUGGGCCUUCAAGGGGUGCUAGAACUUAAAAUGUUUGAAAAUCACUACCAUAGAGUGAUAAUGAAUUAUUGGAAAGGCGAAGGAAGUAUGAAUAAAUUCAGAUUAAUUUGCAGGCAGUUUAAUGUUUUUAAUAGUUGGUUUUUGCCAGUAAGUUGUGUAAGUGAUGAUCAGCAAUGCCCACCUUAUCCAGUUAUUGCUGAACUAAAGCUGUUUUGCAGCUAAAGGGAGCCUCCCUGUUUUAAAGGUCAUUCGAUGGUGCUUCAGUGUUUCCCUUUUUAUAAAAGGUAUUAUGUCAUGUGAAGAAGUGGCAGGAAGAGAGAAUUUUAGAAGAAGUAAUUAUGAUAAUCACAUUAAAUGCCAUUAUGUGCCAAUUAGCAGCAGCAGAGUCGACUUUAUAGUAGAUGACAAUAUUUACCAUAAAGCAAGGUUAAAAUUACAUUUGAAAAAUAGGUUUGGCAUGUUUCAGAAAGGUUUGGAGAACAGAAAUGAUUCCAUAAUGACUAUGAAUGUGCUCAAUGUCAGAUGUGCCUCAUCCCAAAAUGUAUCCUUCUUUCCUCUCCCAGCCUACAUACAGGUCUCCAGAGAGGGAUAUUUCCCCCAUGUCUCAGAUAGCCAUUGUACACAGAAAACAAAGCAAUGAACUUAAAUGUAUACAAAUGUUUGUAUUGUGAACAAAACUUUCUUAGUAUAUAAAAUUAUUU